UUAUCGAAUAUUAAUUCAAACUUUAAAAAUUCUCCUUGGAAAUGUGCAAAAGUGAAUUUCUACUUUAAUACAGUGCAAAGUGCGUAAGGAAAGGAACUCCGAGCCUCAUGAUCGUCAUCGACAUUCAUAUUUGAAAUAUCUUAAAUUAAAUUUUGUAAAUUUUAUUUUUCCUACAUUUUUGUAGAUAAUUUUCUUUCUAUUGCCCGUGUGUUGUGUCCGCGUCUAUUCUCAACCCUGAGCCUGAUACUGAGACUAAGAUCUACGCUUAUCUUAUUUGAAAAACGAUAACAGAAAGACUCAAAUAUUUAAAUAAAGUUUGUAUGGAAAAAGUGAGCAUCGUGUCGGUUUGGUUGUGUCUGCUGUCAGUGAAUUGGAUAAGAAUUCAGUUCGUAUUUAGUUUUGUUUCAUUAAAAUUAUUUUAAUUUCAAAUUCCAAUACAAAUUCGAGUCGUUUAUUUUAUUGUUGUUAAAAUUAUUUAAAAACUAUCAAGAACAAAAGUGCGGGGAAAACUUUGUUUAUACGAAAAUAACAAGAUACCUACCAAGUCAACAUAAAAAGUUAAGGAAAUAAAAAUGGACAAAAAGGAGGACUCACCAUUUGUUAUUGAUUUUAAAAGCACAAAUUAUGGAACGGCUAGCAAUAAUAACAUUUCUUCUUCGAAUCGUGGAACUUGCUGCAGUGGUGUUAGUUCUGGUAGCGUUGCAACUCCCGGAACACCAACAACGAUCUAUUGUCUACAUGGCCAAGAACAUAUUGAAUUAAGAGGACAUUGCCAUCGCCAAAGAAGUGAAGGCGUCGAUGUGAAAGCACGAAAGAAACUCAUUAUAGCCAGUAUUUUAUGUGUAUUCUUUAUGGUAGCGGAAAUUAUUGGUGGCUACUUAUCGAAUAGUUUGGCCAUAGCAACAGAUGCAGCACAUUUACUAACAGAUUUUGCCAGUUUUAUGAUAUCAUUGUUUGCCAUAUGGAUUGCAGGACGACCAUCUACUCAAAGAAUGUCCUUUGGUUGGUAUCGAGCGGAAGUAAUUGGAGCUCUAGCAUCCGUUGUUAUGAUCUGGUUCAUUACCGCCAUUUUAGUUUGGCUUGCCAUUCAACGUGUCAUUCAUGGCGAGUUUGAAGUCGAUGCUGAAAUAAUGCUGAUAACUUCAGCACUUGCUAUUAUAGUCAAUCUCAUCAUGGGAUUCCAAUUGCAGCAUUCGCAUUCCCAUGGUGGCGGUGCUGUUUCGAGUGGUGCCGGUCACGGCCAGGCACAUGGUGGUGACACUACAAAGACAAAGAAACCAUCAUUAACAGAAGCAGCAGAAGUUCCUUCCAUUCGUUCAAUUGAUUCUCUUCCAUAUCCAGUGGCACCACCACCAACAAGAAUACCAACACCAGGAUCAUCUACAACGCCAUCGGCCAUUUUACAUAAUUCUGAAAAUGGUCUUAUCUUGGCCGAAACAAAUCUCUCUACAAACAAAAAGACAUACUCCUACCAAAAUAGCGAUGGUCAUGAGCAUGAUAUAGGACUAGCAGCAGGACCUACAAACGAAGUCGAGAAUAUUAAUGUACGCGCCGCACUCAUUCAUGUCGUGGGCGAUGUCCUGCAGAGUGUCGGUGUAUUCCUCGCCGCAGUGGUGAUUUAUUUCAAGCCCGAAUGGGCUAUUGCGGAUCCAAUUUGUACAUUUGUGUUCUCUGUGAUUGUCCUGUUUACAACGUUCUCCAUUAUGAAAGACGCACUUUUGGUCCUUAUGGAGGGUUCACCCAGCUAUUUACAUUACACCGAAGUUAUGGAAUUAUUUUUAAAUAUUCAGGGUGUAGAACGUGUGCACAACCUGAGGAUAUGGGCCUUGAGUAUUAAUAAAAUUGCACUCUCCGCACAUUUGGCUGUUGCGCCCGGUGCCAAUGCAAAGAAAAUCCUGCAGGAUGCAACCACUGCAGUGCAUCUUAAGUACAAUUUCUUUGAGACAACAAUUCAGAUUGAGGAUUUCACGCCAGAAAUGGAAGAUUGCCAACAGUGCACUGUUCCCGUUAGUUAGGCGAAGGAUUCUUCA